AGGGGCCACUCCUGGAGAGCCGAGCUCUUAGCGCACCUUUUCUUCACGGACGCUUUGUGGGUUUAUUUUUUUAUUUUUGUCACUUAAAAAAUGUCUCGUUCUUCUGACACACACGUUGGAAUUAUCCGCAUUUACUGAGUUCAUGUGGGACCAAGAGCCACUCAGGAGGACAGAGACAUGCAUCGCCUUCACCACCUUCUCCAUCUGCUCCUCACAGUUUGGCUGUGGCGCGCGGUCAGUGGGAGACACCCGAACUGUCAUUUCUUGUUUGAGCUGCAGUCGGCAGAGAAGGAAUGCUGGGCCAAGCUGGAAGAAGAGCAGGUCCCGGAGUCCGGAGGCUGCCGAGGCACGUGGGACAACAUUUCCUGUUGGCGCCACGCGGAGGUCGGGGAGGUGGUCGUCAAUACCUGCCCGGACGCACUGAAAAACCUCUUUGGCAGAGACGGGAAGAUCAGCAGGAACUGUACGGAUGAUGGAUGGUCAGUGGUGUACCCCAGUGUUCGUACCGAGUGCUAUUCUGAGUACAAGCCCGACAAGCUGGUGUUCUACACCGUCGUGAAGACCCUGUACACGCUGGGCCACAGUCUCUCUCUCAUCGCUCUCAUCACUGGCAGUACCAUCCUGUGUCUCUUCAGAAAGCUACACUGCACAAGGAACUACAUCCAUCUGAAUCUGUUCUUCUCCUUCAUCCUGAGAGCUAUUGCCGUGCUGAUCAAGGAUGCCAUAUUGUUUUCGCACAGUGAGAACAUGAAAUGCCAUGAACAGCCCUCACUGAUAGGGUGCAAGGCCAGCCUGGUCAUUUUCAACUACUUCGUCAUGGCUAAUUUCUUCUGGCUGCUGGUGGAGGGCUUGUAUCUUCACACCCUGCUGAUGGUGAUCUUCUCCAAGAACCGGCACUUUGUGGUCUAUCUCUUCAUUGGGUGGGGAUUCCCCACAAUCUUUGUGAUAGCGUGGGUCAUUUGCAGGAUAUACCUGGAGGACAGGGGAUGCUGGGAGAGAAAUGAUGCCACCAUUCCCUGGAGGGUGAUCAAUUGGCCAAUCAUGACUUCUGUUGUAAUCAACUUCAUUCUGUUCAUCAGCAUCAUUAGGAUCUUGGUGCAGAAGCUCAGGUGUCCUGACGUAGGAGGGAAUGACCAGUCUCAAUACAGGAGGCUGGCGAAGUCGACACUGUUGCUGAUCCCACUCUUCGGGGUUAACUACAUUGUGUUUGUGUAUAUGAGAGAGGAGAGUGAAAGCGACACAUUUCAUAGCUACAAAAUAUUCUUUGACCUCUGCAUCGGCUCCUUCCAGGGAUUGGUUGUUGCCAUUUUGUACUGCUUUCUGAAUAGUGAGGUCCAGACUGAGCUGAAGAGGAAGUGGCGGAGUGUGUGUCUGAAGCGUUACAUCGGCCGAGACUACCGACUGCACAGCUCGUCCAUUUCUAGGAACGGCGCAGACAACAUGGCGCAGUUCCAUCGCAACUCCCGAGCCCAGUCCUUCCUCCAGACGGAGACCACCGUAAUGUGAGCCCGUUCUCACUCACAAGCACACACAAACUCUGUUCUUUUGGAGCGGCUGUACAGGAAAUGCCAUAAUCAGGGUCCACUGCAUUGUCCUGUAGUUUUCUUAACCCAUCUACAAAUAAGUUUCGCAAAUAUUUGUCGAACGUCGUGCUUUUUGCUACAUGCUGAAGAGGCUGGGAUGCACCAUUUUACCAGCAGGACAUGAUUAGUGAUGCCAGAUGCUGUUGUGAGUGUGUUUUUGUACCAAAUUUCAGUGUAUAGUGGACCAGCUGGUGUUUUAAGUGAUAGAAUGUCAGUACAGAGUGUAAGAGUACAAGAUUACAUAAACUUUGAUAAAUCACACGUUCAGUUUUGCAUUUCCACUGUUUGCAGAUAACUUAUUCCAGCUCCUAUGACUUGUUUGUUCUCGCACGUGUAAACAUAGAAGGAUACAAAUGUUUCACUUCCAAACAUUUCUUUAUUAGUCCAGCACUUGUAUUAUACUGGGCCUGGCUUCAAGCACAGUACUUAUGACCCUGUAAAUAUUUCUCAACUCCUGGCUGUUAUUAUGGAUGGUCAGAGAGUCAGACACAGAAAAAAUGCUUGACGCCAGCCUCGUGGAAGCGUUAGGCACAGCGAUGUCCAUGCUGUGUACAGAACUAGCACAAGGCUGGGGUUGAAAAGCCCUUGAACGGCUGCAGCGAUGCUUCAGGGCUAAAGACAGAACAGAAGCUAUGGUUCUCCACCACGGAGAGCUCAUUAGGAACCCAUUAUUGCCGGAGGUGUUCGCAUCCGCUCUGUUACAGACGAGGCCUUACGUUCCAAAGGGUGAUUCCAUGACGUCGGUGCAUUUCUUGCAUGAGGGGACACCGUGUUAACUCUGCUCAAGUGGAGACGUGGAAGAAGCACAAAACCAAAGAGCCAAACUUACGCAUGGAACAGAAUCCUACUGGUGAAGAAGGACUGGGUUGUUAAUACAUUAAAAACCGGUUUUCAAUACUUGGAUUAAGUCUGGUCUGGGACUAAAUUGCAGUGGCAGUGGUGUAGACUUGUGGCAGUAGUCUGUAAUUUGGUAUUAUAUUUUGUACGUAUGCUCACAUUAUUAUGGAUGCUUCAAAAUACUGUCAAUGGAUUUUGGUCUAACAGAUAUAAAAAAAAAUUUAAAUAUCAUCACUGUCCAAUGAAAACCAUGUAUCUCCAUUUUUGUUGCUUUUCAGUUUUUUACACCAUUUCAACAAACCAUUUAUAUUGUGUAAAAGUUUCAGACCAAUAGAAAUGCUCUAAAAUCUCUUUACAUUGACUUACAUUGAAAGGUAAGAGUGUUUUGCCUUCUCCUGUAAAGUUAAUAUUUUGGUGAUACUUGCUUUUUAUUGGACAGCAACGAUAUGCAGAUCAGCUCUCCUUUCAUAAGAAUGGAGAUACUGUUGUACAGUAAUCACAUGAUGCAGUCGUACCCAAAAGUGAAAAUGAGUUAACACGUCCUCUACAGGGAGCAAGCUUUAAAAAAGUCUGCAAAUUUUACUGCACAAUUUCUACAAUUUCUAUUUAUAGUGAAAAUAACAUGGCAUAUCAACGUGCCAUAAUUUUAUACAGAGCCACAUUACGUUUUAUGAAUUUGUUUUAUUUUUUCUUGUCUAUUUGUUAAAUUUAGCAAAUAAGGAGCAUUAAAAUGUGUUAUCUGUGGAGGAUACGGCCUUAUUUUUACUCAGAAAAUCAACGUCAUGUCGUUUGGCCAGUCCAAACUUUGGUGCACAGCUGUAUGUUCUCUCUUCUGAGCAAAUCAGUGAUGCAGAUAAGCAUUCACAGUGCAGCAGCCACAGCACAGCAAGGUGAGGAGAGGUCUCAGAACCAUGAAAAGAAAUGAAAACGCACGUCCCACCCGGCUUGGAGGAGGAAAAAGCCUCAUGUGUUUUUCCAUUAGCAGUUUGAGUCUUUAUGAAGUAAAAGGAACAAAACCAUAGUAAAAAUCCCCUACCUAGCACAUAGGAGACUGCUGAGAGGCGAAUCCGGUAAUAUUUACAGUUACGCUCCGGAAGGUAGUUGACGGCAAACCAGAUUAGGGCUGAAAGAUGAAUAAUUUUUAUAUCAAAAUAGCAAUUGAACAGAGUGUUGUGACAUCACAACCACAACUUACUGGCAGUCUGGUGCACUACAUUCAGAAAUCAGGCCUGGUUUUCUUGGCAAAAAAAAAAAAA